AUGACGAUCACUCUUGAUGAUGUUUCCACUUUACUUCAUCUCCCGGUGAUGGGACAGUUAUGCGAUUUGGAGGAGUUGGAGUUUGAGGAGGCUCGUACAGCCCUCGUAGACCUGCUUGGCGUUGACGGUGGCACAGCUGGUGCUGAGAUGGAGGAUAGGUGUCAGUCGCAGGAUUGGGACUAUGCUGCCAGAGCAUAUCUGUUGCAUCUAGUAGGAUGCACNAUUUUUGCAAAUAAAAGUGCUAGUUCUAUACGCGUGUCUUACCUACUAUUAUUUAGAGACAUACACGCGUGUGGCAGAUAUGCUUGGGGCAUUGCUGCNCUUGCCCAUUUGUACGAGCAGCUUGGGGAUGCCAGUCUAGCUUCCACGAAGCAGAUGGCUGGAUAUCUGACUCUUUUCCAGAGUUGGAUAUACGAGCAUUUCCCUAGCAUGGGAAGGAGGCGGUUGGUGUCUUCUUAUGAUGACACCACACCACGUGCGACUAGGUGGCAGAGCCUUCGGCAGAGUUCGACUCUUGCAGAAAUCCGGUCGCAGUUGGAUGGCCUGACAUAUGGUGGAGUUCUAUGGCAUCCAUACGAGGGACAUCGGGGCAUUCGUCUAUUAUUCGGAAUUUGUAUGUAUUCUGGAUGGAUUCGGAUUGGUGACACCCUUUCCCGUCAUUUACCUGAGCGUGUGAUGAGGCAGUUUGGAUUUUACCAGGAGAUUCCACGACCACCCACUGUCAUUGCAGAUGCAGAUGUAGUCGCUAUUGAUUUUGCGUGGUUGCACUUCAUAGAUCACGUUAUUAGGAAUGUGAGACAGACAUCAUACCCUUCUGAAUGUGUCGAUGGAUACAUACAGUGGUUUAGGAGGGUUUCACAUCCCUAUAUUAUUGCUGCUCCAGCUGACGCGAGACCGGCUCUUGCGCCUACACAACGCCCCGAUGUUCCACAGGAGGCACGACGUCAUCGUAGAUCCUCUCCACCUUCACCAUCCGGCGCCUUGGCUAGGUUUAGGCAAAUGGCUAAAAAGUUACAGGCGAUGAUAUCGUGUCGUCAUGUGACCAAAGGUACAGUUGCACAUCAGAUGACGGUGGAAUUGCUUCAAGAAGCUAAUGAUGGCAUUGACGAAUAUUCCCCGACUAGGAGAGGACAGAGGCAUGUGCGUGGUAGACGUUCGACGUCUAAUUGAUAGGAAUAAUCUUCUUCGAAUUUAUUUAUGCUAUUAGUCUUGAAUAGGAGAGGAUACAGGCAUAUGCCAUUUUAUUUAUGCAAACUUUUUUUUUUUUUUAUCUGUUUGAUGAGGAUGACGGAAGCGAAGGCAAUGGUUCGUAUUCAAUAUUUCCAGUUCACGCCCUCCAUUUUCUUUUUU